UCUCCGAGCGCACACGGGAGCUCCUUCCCUCCUCGCCUCCUCCUCCUCACCCUCCUCCUCCUCACCCUCCUCCUCUUCGCCCUCCCCCUCCUCCUGCUCGCCGCCCGCAGCCGGCACUUUGCGCUUACCCGGAGAGUAGCUCCACUUGGGUGCGAGGCGGAGAGGGGCCAAAUCCAUUCACGCCGAUCCAUGAAAAUGCUUUGGAAACUGACGGACAACAUCAAGUACGAGGACUGCGAGGACCGUCACGACGGCGCCAGCAACGGGACGGCACGGUUGCCCCAGCUGGGCACUGUAGGUCAAUCUCCCUACACGAGCGCCCCGCCGCUGUCCCAUACCCCCAAUGCCGACUUCCAGCCCCCCUACUUCCCCCCGCCCUACCAGCCUAUCUACCCCCAGUCGCAAGAUCCUUACUCCCACGUCAACGACCCCUACAGCCUGAACCCCCUGCACGCCCAGCCGCAGCCGCAGCACCCGGGCUGGCCGGGUCAGAGGCAGAGCCAGGAGUCUGGGCUCCUGCACACGCACCGGGGGCUGCCCCACCAGCUGUCGGGCCUGGAUCCUCGAAGGGACUACCGGCGGCACGAGGACCUCCUGCACGGCCCCCACGGGCUUGGCUCCGGACUCGGAGACCUCCCGAUCCACUCCUUACCUCACGCCAUCGAGGACGUGCCGCAUGUAGAAGACCCGGGUAUUAACAUCCCAGAUCAAACUGUAAUUAAGAAAGGUAAGCCAUUUCCUUCUGCAUUCCAAGCAUGUCCUUACAGGCAUAGUGCUAUUUUCGGCGGCGCUGCGUCCGCACGUGCCAGCCAGCGUGCAAGACACGGUUACGUGCAAGGCAUGGUUACGUGCGUUUUGUGCGGUCGCUACCUACGAUUACAUGUUGCCUACGUGGUCAGGAAUUCUCAUCUCACGCGCGCGAGGGCGAAGUCUAAAAAUGGAGGAAGAUCUUUAAGAGAAAAACUGGACAAAAUAGGAUUAAAUCUGCCAGCAGGGAGGCGUAAAGCUGCCAAUGUCACCCUGCUCACAUCACUAGUAGAGGGAGAAGCUGUCCACCUAGCCAGGGACUUUGGGUAUGUGUGUGAAACCGAAUUUCCUGCCAAAGCAGUAGCUGAAUUUCUCAACCGACAACAUUCCGAUCCCAAUGAGCAAGUGACAAGAAAAAACAUGCUUCUGGCUACAAAACAGAUCUGCAAGGAGUUCACCGACCUGCUGGCCCAGGACCGAUCGCCCCUGGGGAACUCGCGGCCCAACCCCAUCCUGGAGCCGGGCAUCCAGAGCUGUUUGACCCACUUCAACCUCAUCUCCCACGGCUUCGGCAGCCCGGCGGUGUGCGCCGCGGUCACGGCCCUGCAGAACUAUCUCACCGAGGCCCUCAAGGCCAUGGACAAAAUGUACCUCAGCAACAACCCCAACAGCCACACGGACAACAGCGCCAAAAGCAGUGACAAAGAGGAGAAACACAGAAAGUGAGGCUCUCCUCCCUCCCCGCCCGCCCCGCCGCGCGCGCCCGCCGCCCGUCCGCCUGCGCCUGCACCUCCAUCCCCCACCGCCCACCGCCGGCAGGUGACAGCGCUGGGGACCAGCGACGCUCCACUGCUGCUACUGCUGCCGCCGCCGCCUUCGGUCCGGAGGCCCGGGGGCCCGGGGCUCUGCCCCCCGGCGAGAGGGCCGACCCCUCAGGCCCCGGCCCCGACCGCCCAUCAGCAUCACCUCCCCGUUGCCCCCCGCGUGGAGCCUAAGAGAAUCCAACAGGCCGUGAAGCCAGCAAAGAAAAGUUCUGUCCGAGUUUGUGAACCUUUUUUUUUUUUUUAACCCAACAAAUCAACCACAAAGACAACAAAAAAAUUAAAAACUUUUUUUUUUUUUAGAAAAAAAGAACGUAAAAAUUAAAAAAAAAUUCUAUGAGUUUCACGGGAUGGAAUCACCACCUUCCUUACAUAUUUCAGUUCAGAUUGUAGCCAUACUAAAAAAAAAAAAGGCAAAAAGGAUCAUGACAUUUUUAUCAGUAUUGUGAAUAAACUUGAACACAGAUACUCGAAGUUCCAUGUCUUGUCUUCAGUUGUAAAAGUUUUCCCUCUUCAAGGUAAAGCGACUAACUUGAACUUUCUCUGGCAACACGAUUCACAAUUCUAUAAGGGAAUCAGUGUUCACGUCUCUGUAUAUAUUUAUUUAUGUGUAAUUUAAUGGGAAUUGUAAAUAUGGUGAGUCUGUUUUAAGCCUUUUUUUUUUUUUAUUUAUCUGGUGAUCUCGUUUACCUCUUGUUUAGUGGGUUUUGAAUCUUCCCUAUUAGUUCUUCAUGUGGUUCAUGGUACUUAUUUAGGAAUUCAAGGUUUGGGGGAUUUUCUUUUUUCCUCUGGGAUUCAUGAAUUUAGCCCUGUUGUAGCAUGUUAAAGACGACAAUGAAACAGCUGAACAAAUUUUAAGAAGUAAAAUAAAAUUUUAUAAAUAAUUAUAGUAUUACAUUUAGCUUUUCAUUGAACUGAAAGGAAAAAAAAAAGUGAUAUUGGACCCUGGAAAGAUUUAACUUGAGUGGUUUGAUAACCCUUCUAUGUUUUUGUGGGGGAGAAAAGCAAAAAAGUUUAUUUUAUUCCACUGUCCUCCCUUAAAAGCAUCAUUCGAGCAAUAAAUGAGUAUUGUCUUUAAACCAAGGGUUAGGGAUGUUUUCCUCUCUCUCUCUUUCUCUCUCUUUUUGUUCAAAGAACUUCAAACAUUUGGGACCGCCUGGGUAUUCUGUAUUUUCACUGGCCAUUUUGGAAGCAGUUAUAGCUGCAUUGUAUUGAGUUGUGCUGGCAGUAGUUUUCAUGCCUGUCAAUGUAUCAUAGUCCUUUGUUGCCCAGAUAAAUAAAUAUUUGAUACGCUUUAUGUCGA